ACCCGCACCACGCCGCCGGCGGCCUGCACUUCGACGACCGCUUCUCCGACGAGCAGCUGGUGACCAUGUCGGUGCGCGAGCUGAACCGGCAGCUGCGCGGGGUCAGCAAGGAGGAGGUGAUCCGGCUGAAGCAGAAGCGGCGGACCCUGAAAAACCGUGGCUAUGCCCAGUCCUGCCGCUUCAAGAGGGUGCAGCAGAGACACGUCCUGGAGUCCGAGAAGAACCAGCUGCUGCAGCAGGUCGACCACCUCAAGCAGGAGAUCUCCAGGCUGGUGCGCGAGAGGGACGCGUACAAGGAGAAAUACGAGAAGCUGGUGAGCAGCGGCUUCCGAGAAAACGGCUCCAGCAGCGACAACCCGUCCUCUCCCGAGUUUUUCAUGUACCCAAGGGAACCCUCUGCAUCAGUGAUGUGAAAAACCCUGUUGCCUGAAGUCAAAGAGAUGUUCCCGACAUUGGCUAAGACCCAUCCGGAUGCAACCAAGCCUUACAGAGCUGCCUCGGGGCAGGGCAGGUGGGAUACAUACAUAGGGGAGAGGCCCGUUUGUAGCUUUCCUGUCGCUGGUGGGAGAAGCUGAUGGAACUUCUAUAAAUAGUACUUACUGGGUUCUAAGUACCCAUCAGUUUUUUUUUUUUUCUCUCUAGUCUUACAAUUAGCUGAGUGGACAUGUUUUAUCCUGACUGUACCCAUGCCAAUAUGAAUCCAAACAAAUGUAAGGAAGGCUUCAUUGUUUUAUGAACUGGGAUAAAAACAAAAACCAUAAAAACAAUAGAAGUAUUCAGAAAUCUUGUUUUUAUUUUGUAUAACUUGACCUCUCAUGUUGCCCAUAAUCAUCCAGAGAAAUAAAACACAAGCAUGGUUUCCUGAUGCCCUGUGUCAACGUGGGUGCCUUAACAUGGCUGUUUAACUCAAACAUAAAAUUAAAUAUGUCAUAAUCGUGUUUCCGUUGCAGAGCCCAUCAAAAUAUUCUAACAGAAAUGGUGAAAUCAGGUGUUGUCAUGCAAAGGACAUGUGAAAACACAGACUGUAAAGUCCGGAUUCUUGGUGCCUCUGUUUAUAGAGCCCAAGUGAGACCAGUGGCUGGUCUUGACUCUGUCUUCAUUACAGGCCCCUCGGGGCUCCUAAAUACUCAGUUUUUAAAGUCCAUCCUCCAUCCCCCACGGCAGCAAGAACAGAAUGCUGUCCUGUAUGCAGAUUUGGAGCAGACCCAUCCAUCACAAGUUCCAUGAAUAUGUCUUAAGAGAAUUACAUCAACGUAUUUGUUGGCACUGAGAAAAAAAGGGGGGGGAUAAUUUCAUUUAAAGUGUUUGUUAUGCGGACUUACCUAAUUGUUUGUUGUUGUUUGUUUAUUUAGGUCAUGCUCCCACACAACCACCAUCCAUACCCCCUUUCCAUACAAGGCCUGCCUACUGUUUUUCUUUCCGUGGGCGCUGCCUGACUACUGAGCUGAUUUAAUCAAUUAAUUAUAGCAGAGCAGGUGCAGGAUAACUAGCCUGAUGAUGCCAUAUGAAGUCAUAUUCUCAGUGAGCCCUAGGAUACAGUUGAAGGGGCAACUUAAAGAAAUGACGCAUUUAGGGGGGAAAAAGUGAGAAAGAGUUUUGGUAAAAGUACGGUGCUCAUUGCUUAACACAAAGUGACGCUCCUGGAAAGAGCGUCCGUGCCGAAAGCACGCAUUCGGUCCCUGCCUGAAUGUCAGAUUUACUGCUGCCGUUCACAGAUGCCAGUGCCGAGACCCUCUUCAUCUGCCGGUUGCUGAAUCUUCCAUUUCCUCCAUCCAAAAAUCGCUGUAAAGUUGUUGUUCAUUGUCUGCAUUUUGGGGUUUUCCCGGUACCUCGUGCAAUUAUCAGCAAUAAAUGAGUUAAGCAGAAGGGA